AUGUCUCACCACCACCCACCCUUUCUCUCUCACCAUGGUGAGGCACCUUCUGCGUUGGCGCCGGCUGUGCCUGCCGACUUAAAACCGGCGGCGCCCAUCCAGUUUGCGCCCAUCCCCCGGUCCGGCUUAGCCGGCCCCACAUCGAUCUUAGCCUUACCACUGGUGUCUGACUUGGCGGCCAGCGCGGAGUCUGAUGAGACAGAUUCUACAUGGGGCGUUGACUCCGUAUCACACCGGCCCUCGUCCCCGGAGCUCGAUACCGACAUCAGCCGGACCUCCUCGACCUCUACCAAGGUCUCAGCGGUGGAUGUAGGCGCCAAACCGCCCAUGCUAGCAGCCGAAGUGGCACCGCCCCUUGCUACCAAGUCUCUAGAGCACUAUGAGACGGAUAGCGAUAAGGAUCUCACACCUACGCAGACCCACCCUACCACAUUGGGCCAGCUUGACGAGCCCAAGGCGCCUUCUUCUGAUCUCGCCCAAGUGGCGCUGAAGCGAUUGCAUUCCCUGCUAGAAUUUGCUGACACGGAGCAGAACUAUGUGUCCGAUCUCGACAUACUUAUCCGGGUGUAUUUCCGGCAGUUGCGAACUGUCCCCUACUUUGCCGAGAUGCCUUCUCGCUACGCCACAGUGGCGCGCAAUGCCCCUGAGCUGCUCUCACUACAUACCGAAUUGUCGCAUCGGCUCACUCUGGUCAUCGAGCGAUACGAGCUCCGUGGCGAGGCGGGCGAGCCUGCUGAGGCCGAAGUGGAACGUGCGCUGCGGCUGGAUGUGCCGCAGGCUGUCGUGGCCAUGGCGCAGGCGUUUAUUGACCUUGCUUCCCAUUUCGAAGUGUACUAUGAAUUCUGUGCGAAGCACAAAGAGGCACUGGCCUUGAUCAGUGCUGCGGAGACGCGCUCUGAAUGGGAAGCGUUCCAAGCUGCCGCGGCUGGGAUGGCGCGUCGCUCUCGCCAGACGAGUGAGGCUCGUACGUCGCCGGUGGACACGUCGGUGACUUCGACGAGGCAGCGGCUGCUUUUCCGCGACUUUUUCAUCAAGCCGAUUCAGCGUGUGUGUCUGUACCCUAUAUUACUUCAAAACCUGCUCAAGUAUGCGCCGCCCGCUGGCGUGCCUGUAAUGAACGAAGCGAUUCUGUGCAUGCGUCGUGUGCUUGUGGAGGUCGACGAUGCGAGUGCGAAGCGUGCCUCUGCGCAGCUCACGGAGACGAUUGUAUCUCGUGUUGAACCGAGUUUGGACCUCCCUUCGUCGCUCCUGCCUUCGCUAGGCGAAUGUAAAAUGGCUGGCAAUCUGGAUGUGCUAUACCACCACGCCACAAAGGCGCCCCUCACUAUCCCGCUGGCGUUCAAGUACUAUGGCUGCUUUUUGUACAAGGACUUUUUCAUCAUGGUCAAGGUGCGCAAGAACCACAUGUAUUCGCCCCGCUUUUGGUUCCCCCUCGCAGAGGUAACGAUUGCGCGGGGUGAUGAUGGGCGUGUGUGUCUUCCUCAGUCGUUCCGGCUCAGUGUGCGUGGCCACCACUUUGAGAUGGUCGCGUCUACAGAAAAGGAACGUGUGAUUUGGCUGCAUGCGCUUGAUACCGUCAUGGCCGCAGGACCCGCUCGUACGCGUCGCUUGAACGGCAUGGAGCUGCCUUUCCCAUGCAAUAUGACGGCUGAUACGACACCGUCGGCUGCGCAAGCGAAGGAGCAGGCGGAGCGCGUUGAUCCGCUGGCACUCUACCUCAAUGCGUUGUCCUUCUCGGAAGCGGAUCCCGCCCGCGCGGGGAUGCCUACGACCGUGGGGUCGCCCACGGAAGUCUUACUGCGUCACAAGACACCAUUACGCCGCGCGGCCAAGGACCGCGGUAUGGUGUUUUCUGACGCGUGCAUUUCUGCCCGUUCGUCGCUGGAUGGCGACUGGGCACGUUCGCAUGGCACAAUGGUGGGGUCUGUCACGUCGCGGGUGGGUUUGCAUCGUCUGAGCGGUAGUGAAACGUUUUCGCUGAAGCUGUCGACCGGCGAUGUGACGCCUGCCGAGACGGGGCCGGCCUCCUCGUCCUCCACACAUACAGAGAGCGACGAGCCGCAGGGCUUGCGUACCUCAGCGAGCACCCAGGCCCUUUUGCCGACGCACGAUGCCUCGACGACGCCGUCCUACCGUCCUUCCAAGACGGCUCUCACGCCGAAGCGGUCCUUUGAUACGGACCUGCGACAGUCUGGUAGUGCCACGGCACGAUCGACGUCCACGGAGCCUUCUCUUUCCUCGUCGCGAUCUUCCCUGAGUCUUGCACGACCACGAGCCUUGGUCUCCCGCAAGCUGGGCUGGCUCUCUCCUACGACUACACGCCCACCUGUCUCGCCUGAAGAGCUCUCCUCUGCCCUUUCUGAUGUAAUGGCCCAAACACCGAAACCGUCGUUGCUACGGCACAGCGCUUCCAUGACGUGGAGCCCUAUUUCGUCCCUGUCUACACGCGUGCGUCGCUCAUCGAUGGAUGCCAUCGUGUACCCACUCCGCUCCGGUUCAGUGACGCCUUCCGAGUUCUCGUUAUCCACGUCUUCCUCCUCUCACCCUACCCCUACUAUGUCGAUGUCUGCAUCAGACACAGUGUCUUCGCCUACCGAAUCACGACCUUCUAGUCCUCGCCGUCGUUCGGCUCUUCGCUUCUUGCAACGAAACAGACUAUCGACUAUGGAUCAUGCGCCCUGA